GCGCAAUCUGUGAAGAAAAUCUUGGCCUAUCUAACACUCAGGUGAUUCAACCAUGCCAGAUCACCCCAUUUGUAGCACUUUAUACUGGUUUCAUGAAAGAAGAAAUAAGGCCAACUUCAACUGUUGGAUUCAAACCAUUUUUACGUCCGGGACCUUUCAAAAUAUUACGUUAUGUCAGUAUUUUAUUCGGAAGACAAACAAAUAUUAGUCGAAUAGACGUUAGCAUGAAAAUGCUGACUAACAAAAUUCAAAAAUUGAUUCUAAUGGGGACUAAUGAUGGUAAAGCGUUUUUCAGUGUUAGAACA